UAUACAUACUUGGCCGAUACAUAAAAACCAACUAAUUUUCGCAAUAAAAAACCCUAAGCCACGUUAUUGACCGGCAACUUAGAAGAUCUUAACUGCUUCUUUGUUGUAGAUAAACAAGGGGAAAAUAACGUUGUUUAUUUAGAGUAAUGAAAAACAAAGAUGGCAAAAAUUCGGGUGGUAGCAGUCCGACCGAUUCUCAACAAGCUGACGUAGAAGGCUGUAACUUCGGACUAAAGCCGUUUGAGCUACUAUAUCUUUGGUAUCCGAAUCAGGAGAGUGUGAAUCACCUCGAGUAUAUCCGUCGACUGGAGUGCGAGUUUACAUGUCUCCAACGCGCAUUCCUAACACUAACCACACAAUUUGCGCGUUUGCAAUUCCGCAUACGACAAAUAGUUCAAGCCGAACCUAGUGAACGCCAUGAUCUGCUUCUCGAACUCGAACAUCUGGCAUUUAAUCCCGACGAAGAAAAAGACGAAAUGCCGCCAAUAAAAAGGGAUUCCCUAAGUAUGGGUGAAGUGCGACACAAACAGCAUUACAUUCUCGAGCAAUUGCGUCGGCAACUUUGCACUCUGGCCGAAGCCCAGAAUUGGAAACCCGAACCUGAAUUGAAUGCAGAACCACCGGCACCAGGCUCUGUGGACGAAGUAGUUUGCUGCUGUAUUAGAAAGAAACGAAAACCACCACCACCGCCGCUACAACCACAACAGCCGCAAACUCUCGAUAUGAAUGAUAAUGCACACGUAAAUAAUGAAGAAUCCAGGUAUUCAAGCUCGAGCAAAAAACAAAGUGAAACGGAAAUGGGAAUGGGAACUGAUAGAGAUAUUGAGAUGGAACCAUCGCGAAAUUCAAGUGCAAAACAGAGAGUCUCGAUCUCUAAGGAAGAGGCCUUAGCCUUUGCAUGCAAUACUGAUCCUUCCUAUUCCAUUAGAGCUUCAACUACCCGUGUCAGCAUUUGCCCGGAGAACGAUGAAAAUGCUAAGCAGGCCCGGCCAUGCACGUGUAGAAAAAUCAGUCAAAGACAGGAUCGCUAAACUAUUCAAUCCUCAUACACGUUCUAAUGACAUAUGCUUCUUGAAACAUGAAUUUCACCCAAAUAAUUUCAAUUUAUUUUUUACGCCUGACUUUUGCUUUUCUCGUCGUCAUUCUUAUACUCUUUUGAUUAACAUAACAACAAUAUACUUUAUUUAGUAAUAUU